AUGCCGCGCUCUCUGGCAUCCUCGAGCUCAGACAAGAGCGACAAGUCCAAGACCUCGCAGGCCUCGUCCUCGGCCAAGUCGGAUGAGCUAGUUACCGGAGAUGCGCCCGUCUCGCUCGGUGGCAUACAACAUCUUGAUCGACAUGGCAAGGUGAUCACCGAUCCAGACCGGUCGAACCCAACUCGCCCUCGAUUGGAGCGGCCCCUCGACACACUUCGCGGCUUCGAGGACGCCAUCAGAAAAGCACGGCGGGGACACCCACAACCCACCACCUAA